GUGGCGGGCUGCGGAGAAGCCUGGAGAGCGGCGGUUCUGGGCUAUGGUCGGGUUUGGUGGUUUUUCUGGUGUUUUGGAGGAAGUAAAACUCAGACCUGAUGGUUAUUCUCAGUGUGAGGAGCUCUCACAGGAGGAGAUAUGUUGCCCUCUUCCUGAGCAUCACUGGGGUCAUCAUUUACCGUCACCUCAGUGAGAAAUCAGGGAGGAUAAGAAUAAGCAGGACACACGGGUUGAGUGUCAACUCUUCCCAGUUCAGCUUGGGAGGUGAGUCGUUUCGCCUCCUGGGAGGCUCACUUCACUACUUCCGGAUACCCAGGGCCUACUGGAAGGAUCGCAUGUUGAAAAUGAAGGCUUGCGGCGUCAACACCCUCACGACAUCUGUGCCGUGGAAUCUACACGAGCCGGAAAGAGGAGAGUUCCAGUUCCGUGGAAAUUUGGAUUUGGAAAUGUUCCUCAUCCAGGCUGCUGACCUGGGUCUGUGGGUGGUUCUCCGGCCAGGACCCUACAUAGGCUCAGACCUGGAUCUUGGAGGAUUGCCUAGUUGGCUGUUAAGAGACAAGAAGAUGAAGCUGAGGACCACGUACCCAGGCUUUACAGAAGCUGUCAAUGCUUUCUUUGACAAGCUCAUUCCAAAGGUGGUGCCUUUGCAGUUUAAAAAAGGUGGUCCUAUCAUAGCUGUUCAAGUGGAACAUGCGUAUGGAUCGUUUGCAGUGGACAGUGACUAUAUGCCCUUUCUUAAAGAGGCUCUUCAGUCCAGAGGUGUCAGUGAGCUCCUUCUGACGUCUGACAGCCACGAGGGUUUAAAGAGUGGUGGACUGAGUGGAGCCCUCAGAACUCUAAAUCUGCGCAAAUUAAAUUACGAAGACAUCAAGUAUCUGGAAGCUGUGCAGCCCAACAGCCCCAUACUGAUUAUGGAGCAUUGGACCGGAUGGUUUGAUGGCUGGGGUGACCUUCACCACACUUUUCCAGCUGAGGACAUGGUGGCCGUAGUGAGGGAGGUUCUGAGACAGGGAAUGUCCAUCAACCUGUACGUGUUUCACGGUGGGACAAACUUCGGCUUCAUGAGCGGCGCUUCAGCAAAUCCCUCCUACAAACCUCUCGUCACAAGCUAUGAUUAUGAUGCUCCUUUGUCUGAAGAUGGAGAUUACACACCAAAGUACCACCUCCUCAGAGACAUCUUCAGCCGAUACAACAAUUAUCUGCUCUCAGACGUGCCAGGUCUGCGCAGGAAGAAAGGGUACGAGGCAGCGAUCAUGUUCCAACACCUCUUCUUAUGGGACGCCCUGCCCUUCACACACGAGCCUUUUAAAUCCCGGCUUCCAGUCAACAUGGAAAAUCUUCCAGUAAAUAACAAGAAUGGACAAGCGUAUGGCUACACCCUGUACGAGACCACCAUCACCACUGGAGGCUUCCUGAAGUCUCGAGACAACAUCCGAGACCGGGCCCUGGUGUUUGUGAACAGAGGUUUCAUUGGCUUAUUUAAUUACAAGACGCUGGAAUUAGCCGUUCCUGAGGGGAAGCAGGAGCGGACUUUGAGCUUACUGGUGGAAAACUGUGGGAGAGCACAUUCUGGAAAAGCUUUGGAUCAUCAGCGAAAAGGUAUUGUAGGAGACAUUUUUUUGAACAACACGCCCCUCAGAGACUUCACCAUUUACAGCCUGGAUAUGACCCAAAGCUUUAUUGAUAGUUUGUACAGAGCUCCAUGGAAGUUCCUUCCUGAGAAGCCGAGCUUUCCAGGAUUUUUCCAGGGACGGCUGUUUGUGGACGGCUAUCCAAGUGACACGUUUGUUAAGCUACCAGGCUGGAGUAAAGGUGUAGUCUUCAUUAACGGGCAGAACCUCGGACGAUACUGGGACCUCGGCCCCCAGCAAGCACUUUACAUCCCGGGGCCUUUCCUUAACAGUGGACUCAAUCUGGUCACUGUGUUUGAGGAACAUGACGCAGAUUUUAAACUGCACUUUGAGGACACUCCUGAUCUGGGAAUGACUGUCGAUAUUCAGUGAAUAAUCCCUUCAGAUACAGUCUAUUCCUGGUGUUGUUUUACACUGACAAUACCAUUUGUGGCCUAAAUACCUAAAAUGCCUUUAAAAUGCUUUAAUUCCACCUUCCUGCUAAUAUAGAAGAUGCUGUGGUCCAUAUUGUUCCACCUUAAGAAGGUCUGUCAUUGUACCACCUUAAGAAGGUCUGAUCUGUGGUCGGUGUGUUCGUCGUAUGUACAGAUAGAGUUGUUAAAUAUGAUGAGUUCUGUAGAGCACUGGAUUGUCAGUGAUUGAAUGUAUUGUGUGUAAUUUGCUCUGUGUUGAUUUAAUGUGCAUUUAUUUAUUUAGGUAAUUUAUUCUACUUUAAAUGUAUUGUUUUUGGGAUGUCACAGAAAAGAACUAUGCAGUUACAUGCUGUAUUUCUGCUCCAUUUAUUAAUUUGGGUGUUAUGAAAAAAUGUUUCUGUCUGGAAAUGCUGCUUUUUAUCCAGUCAGAACAGAGAAAUUUACAUACAGCAUCAGCCAAAAGUUUGGGCACACUUUCUUAUUUAUUCCAUUUCCUUUAUUUUUAUAUAUUCUUUUAUUGUAUAUUAAUACUGAAGACACCAAAACUAAAAAGGAACACAUAUGGAAUCUCCUUUAAGACUGUCAGAGAAUCCAGAUUCUACCUAAUAAAUCUGACUGAGAGAAUGCCAAGAA